CUUUGGAAAGUUUGGUGAUCCUGAAAUUAGAAUAAUAACUAUGUGGAGAAGGAGCAUAGAUCAUCCCCUCCCUCCUACACAGGGAGAGGUGCAAGAAACCUGCCAAUAAAUAGCACACAUGUUUUUAUUUUCAGAAAUGGAACCACUCCGUGAUGCAAACACUACUUUUGCACUUGAACUUUUUAAAAAAAUGUGUGAAAAGGACCCAAAGAAGAACGUACUUUUAUGUCCAAUGGCCCUUUCUUCAUCCAUGGCUGUGAUAAACAAAGGUGCAAAAGAAAACACAUCAGCUCAGAUAGGAAAGACACUACAUUUUGACACAGCUGGAGAUGUCAAUCUUGGAUAUCAAAGUCUUGAUAAAGAUCUAACAAAACCAACAAUUACUUGUGCACUUAAACAGGCUAAUCGUAUCUAUGGAGACAAUUCAAUCAAGAUUCUUCCAGAGUAUCUGGAAGCUUCUAAGAAAUAUAAUACACAAGUGGAACAGGUGGAGUUUGGAAAUGAAGCAGAAAGUGAUGCCACAAGGCAGAAGAUUAAUGACUGGGUAAAAGAGAAGACAGAGGGGAAAAUUGAGGAAUUGCUGAAAAAGGAUUGCUUUUCUAGCAAAACUAAACUUCUUUUGGUGAAUGCUGGCAUUUUUAAGGGAAUUUGGGAGACUAAAUUUGAUGAAGCCAAUACUAAGGAAUGUCCCUUCCAGCUAAGUAAGACUGAAAGCAAACCUGUACAAAUGAUGCAGCAGGAAGGUACAUACCGCAUGACCACUAUAGAUGAUGUCAUGACAACAAUUAUUGAGCUUGUUAUCAAUAAGGACUUGGGCAUGCUUAUCCUGUUACCCAAAGAAAUCGACGAUGAAUCCACUGGCCUGGAGAAGCUUACAAAGGAGCUCACCUGUGAAAAGUAUAACACCUGGACUAACCCAAGCAAAAUGAUCAAUUCAAAUGUGAAGAUAUCAAUCCCAAAAUUCACACUGGAUGAAACCUACAGACUUAAAGAAGUGUUCACCAACAUGGGACUUUCUGAACCUUUCAACGAAGAGACAGCUGAUUUCACUGGAAUAACAUCUAGUGGUGGUCUUGCUUUGUCUGAAAUUAUCCAUAAAUCUGUUUUGCAGGUGGGUGAAGAAGGCAAUGAGACAACAUCUACAGGAGGUGGGUUUAGGUCAAGACUUCUGCUGCGGAAAGAAGAAGUUGUAGCUGACCAUCCUUUUUGUUUUAUAAUACAUCACAGAAGGAAUCGAAGUAUUUUGGCUAUUGGCAAAUUAUGCUGUCCCAACUAAAUUAUAGCUUUGGAAAAAUUCAGUUUCAUUAAGAGAUAGUGUUUAAUUGCUCUUACAUAUGUGUGAGUAAUGACAACUUCAUUUUGUAAUAAUGCCAAUUUUAACAUAUCUUAUUAUAUCAGGUUGCUGAAGGUUUUAACUUCAAGUAACAGUAAUAUUGAGAAAUAAGAAUAUUGGACCUUAGUAUAAACUGAACAGUUCAUUAAAAACUUUAUGUGACAGUGUAAAAAUAAAAAAGAAACCAUAUUUUAAGUACAAAGUACACAUACAUGUGGUUGUACCCCUGUGUCCUACCUGUCAUGUAUAAAACAGGUAGACUUUAGGGAAGGAUAUAAAACUGAAAAAAAAUUCAUGUAUCUUUUGUUAAGGCAUCAUUUGGUGAACCAGUCUUGACCAAAUAGUCUUUGAUGAUCCAGUCAGUAACAAAAUGAUAAUUUCCUAGUCAGUAAUACCCUUGCAACUCUACUGCUGUCCAAUACACUUUUUUGUAUGCUAUCAAAUACAUCAUGUUUGUCAGUAAGGCUGACACAAUGUGCUUGGAUAAUGUGUUAUUACCUUCUGCUCUACUGGGAAUAUUCUGUAUCAUUGUCAAUAAAAAUAAAGUCUCAACUGCUACAGUAUCCCUGAUUAAGAAAAUGUGCUGCCAUUUUUUUUAAUAUUUCUAGGCCUAAAUCAAAGUGCUACAUUUUACACACAGAAAUGAGAAUGAAUAAGUAAUAUUUUCUUAAAGGUCUGAUCUUUUUUGUUUUUAGUGUUUCAGCAAAGG